AUGGUUGCUUUAUUCCUCUAUAUCCUUUCUCAUCAUGCUAAGAAUAGGAUUGUAAAAAGAGAAUUUGUAAGGAGUGGAGAGACAAUAAGUAGGCAAUUUGGUCUUGUCUUACUCUCUGUAUUGAGGUUGCAUACAGAAUUAUUUAAAAAACCAGAUCCCGUGCCUCAAGACUCCACAGACCUUCGAUGGAAAUGGUUUAAGAAUUGUUUAGGUGCUUUAGAUGGGACUUAUAUAAAGGUCAAUGUUCCUGAAGUUGACAAGCCUAGAUACAGGACAAGGAAAGGAGAAAUUGCCACUAAUGUUCUAGGAGUGUGUUCACAAGAUUUGCAAUUCAUAUACAUAUUACCUGGGUGGGAAGGUUCUAUAGCAGAUUCUAGGGUACUACGAAGUGCACUUUCUAGGACAAAUGGUGUAAAAGUUCCUCAAGGUUUUUACUAUCUUUGUGAUGCGGGUUAUACGAAUGGGGAGGGAUUCUUAGUUCCAUAUAGAGGCCAAUGUUACCAUUUGAAUGAAUGGAGACAAAAUAAUCAUCCACAAUCAAAAGAAGAAUUGUUCAACUACAAACACUCAAGUGCACGGAAUGUUAUUGAAAGGUGUUUUGGACUGUUGAAAAUGAGAUGGGCAAUACUUAGAGAUAGGUCUUGGUACCCAGUUAAAACACAUUGUCGAAUUAUAAGUGCAUGUGCACUGCUACAUAAUCAUAUUAGGAGGGAGAUGGCUCUUGAUCCACUAGAGGCUGAAUUGGAUGAGUCAUAUGCGGAUUUCGAACCUUUCUCAAAUGUACAAAGUAUCCAAUACAUUGAGGCUUCCAAUGCAUGGACAACUUUUAGAGACAACUUGGCUCAAGAAAUGUGGAAUGAAUGGCAAGCUUCUAGGAAUCAAGCUUGA